AUGCCAAGUGUGGCUGUAAAACUCUACAGCGUAUUCUUCAAGUUCCUCUUGAAGCACCGUUUACAAAACCGGAUUCAAGCCCAACCCGACAAUAACUCCAACUCGUUUGGUAUCACUUCACGACCCGAAGAAUCCGUCGCUAACUCUAACCCUUCUUUUACUGACGGCCCUCAUUCCAAACCUAACUCCAAACCUAAACAACAAGCUCCCGAACCUGGAUCUGUACGGAGAAGUAGCUAUGGUCCUCCGUUCAGGGAAGAGCAGCUCCGAGGGAGGAAUAGUAACGCUGUUGAGGGUUUGAAUUUGAUGGGCGCUGGUGUUGAAACUGGUGCCGGUUUGUACCGUGGUUACUCGCCGGCGUUGGAUAAUCGGCGGAGGAAAUUACCGGUGAUGUUGCAGUUUCAUGAUUCUAAUAAAAAUAGGGUCGCGAUGGAUGUUAUUAACAACUUAAUAGCACAUUGCAGUUGGAUGAAUAUACACAUUGUCCCACCACACGGAGCUGUCUUUGAAAUAAGAGUUGCUGAUGGAUAUGGUGCUCGUUGGAAUGAAGAUGGAAGUAAGUUUAUUGGAUUUUUAGAACCAUACAUGCAAGAUGGUCAUUCAAAAGGAUGGAAGCAUUAG